AUGCCGGUGGCCCCGCUUGUUCUCUUCUUCAGUUUUUCCGUAAUCUCACAAGUUGCAGCUUUACUGCUUUACCCUUUUUCUUCAGAUGGAUCCACGGAGUUUCAAAUUCUCGCUCAUCGCCGUCUUUCUUUUCACUCUCAUCAUCGUCUACAGCUUCAAUUCCACUCCAGUCACACUUCGGCCCAAUCGAAUACCACAAAUAUCAGGCAAUGUGGAAGUGGAUCCAAAAGGUACAUUCCUCUAAUUAUUCAGACAUAGGGUAACUUUCAGAUCUUCCCUGGUACAAAAUAGAUGGAAUGGACAGAUUUGAGUGGUAUGCAAAGAAGUGGAAGGAAGAGUUGAAGAACGAGAAACCGCCGGAGAUUGAUGGAGUUUCGUUGCUCAGAGCCUACGAAUACGACGUCGAAUAUUCCGUUUCUAUUACAACGCCCAACAAGUACAAGUGAGUUUUCAAUCCGGUCCUAACUUGAAAAAACAACGACGGACAUCCAGAAAAACCGAGCGAAUUCUUUUCCGUAGAAUAUUCGUUUUGGACCAUUCACAGACUGCUGUGGAUCGCUAAAGCACAAUGAUUUUCGAUGGUCCUGCAAUUCUAAACUCAAUAAUUCUACAGAGCGAUUUUGUACUGUCGAUACUUCAACGAAGCCGGAAACGAGCUUUUGCCAGCCUUCCAAUCACACAAUUUCCCAGAAUUUGUUGUGAACUGUCCGAAACGGAAAGGAACCAAGCGACUUUCGAUCAGUACUGGAGCCAAUAACACGUACACUUAUCCGAUCGCUCUCGUCGAUCGAAUGAAGAAAGGUUCGUAAUUUGAUUCUUUCCCUAUAAAAACAAAGAGAAACGUUUCCAUUUUCAGAUUACAAACACGAGUUCUCUUUCUGUAUGUCGCCAAUCUACGGAAAAGAAGCCAAGUGGCUGCUUCUCGCAGAAUUGAUAGAACACUAUAAAUUACAGGUUUUGUCUUGAGUUGAUCUUUUUAUUUUCAUUCCAACUCUAUGUUUUCACAGGGCAUGACACACUUCUACUUCUACAUCUUUCAUAUCGACGAAUACAGCAACGCCCUUCUGGAGGACUACGUGCGAACCGGAGAAGUCGAGUUGACCUAUUUGUUGGAGAGAAACGACAGAGAGCUGUUGCACUGGCAGAUGGUCGCUUUCAGAGUGAGCACCGAUUCAGAUGAACUUUUGUAGAGUAUGUACCUUCAGGAUUGCACACUGAGAAGUCGCGGGGAGUCGAAAUGGAGUCUGUUCUCCGACAUUGAUGAGCGGCUUCUGAUGACCAAGUAUCCGGGAUUGUUGAUUGAUUAUCUGAAAGAUGUGAAGGAUGCGAAGAUCGGAGGAGUUCAGUUCAGACAGCAAUGGAUCAUGAAGACUGAAUUCAUGCCCGAAAAGUAUGAAGGAGACAAGCAGGUCAGAGAACUAACGAAGUUACAUCUUCAAAUGGCAUUUUCAGAUCGACGAGUGGACCCCGACCCUCCGCUGGCACAACUCUUCCGUGUACGGCCCUCCUGGACACACCGUCAAGUGCAUCAUCAUGCCUGAGAAAGUGCUCGCCAUGUGGACGCACCGACCUUCCAUGCUCUUUCCGGGAUUCCACGUGCACGAACUGACUACGGACGAGGGAAUCGUCCGUCAUUACCGAGAUCUUCAGAUGUGGAACUGGGGAAAGACGUGGCUGAAGGAGAUUGUGGCGAUGGGUCCGAUGAGCAUGACGGACUAUCCGGCGAGGUUCCAGAAGAAUCUGACGGAGGCGGUGAAGGCGAGAACGAAGUACGUGUACGAGAACUAUCAUCCUAGGGAACAAUAA